AUGUCAAGAUCACUUGCUAAAGCACAAGAAUUCAUCGCUCAAAUCUCAUCACGUAGAAGCAUUUAUGCUUUAGGACGUCGAUCAAUCUUAAACGAUAAAGAUUUAACCGAUUUAAUCAAAAAAUCCGUACGUGAAUCACCAACCAGUUUCAAUUCCCAAACAUCAAGAGUUGUAAUCUUAUUGGGCGAUCAACAUGAACGUUAUUGGAAUGAAAUCGCUGUACCGGCAUUACGCAAAGCUGUAGGUGACGAUGAUGCAGCUUUCGAAAAAGGAAGUCAAAGGAUGACUCAAUUCCGCGAUGCAUACGGUACUGCUCUCUUUUAUGAAGAUCAAGAUGCCAUAAAAGAAAUGCAAAAGAAAGUUGCAAUUUAUGCAGACCGUUUUCCUGAAUGGUCAAUUCAAUCUUCUGGAAUGGCACAAAUCAAUACUUGGUCUGCACUCUCUUUGGCAGGUUAUGGUGCAAAUUUACAACAUUACGGAAAUUUGACCCAAAAACCACUUGCUGAAGCUUUUGGCAUUCCAGCCAAUUGGCAAUUAUACUCUGAACUCGUUUUCGGAAGUCCUGAAAAUGAAGCUGGCGAGAAGACUUACAUGGAUGAUGCCGAUAGAUUCAAGGUAUUUGGCUCUCAAUAAGCACAUGCUCACAAGCAUUCAUAGAAACCAUGCUCCAAUCUAUAGUCGAUCAAAGAUGUGCACAUUAUUGUUGAUUCGUAAUAUUAGUCGUAAAUAGCCUACAGGGUAUCGAAAGGUUGAAUUGUGUACAACGUGAAUGCUAGUAGUAUUCUAGCUCCAAAAACAAAAAAGCAGUAUCGGAAGGAUAUCGUAGAUUGAGACCGACAGGAUUGAAGUUCUUCUGAUUAGCUUCAUUAAUUCUUUUUCUUAGAUUGUUUGUUUCCCUUUUAUACUUUGAUCCGAAUAUGUAUGGUGAAAUGUACAAAGUCAGUACAGCCAACGUAUUGUCUAUGCAUGCCCAUAAAGGAUCGUUCGCUUUGAUGAUGAUGACGUUGAGAUCGUUAAUUGUUUCCGAAUAAAGCGUUGGAGAGAUUCUGCCCUCUAACUCCAGUGGAAAAGUCGGAUGAAAUUGACACAAUUCUCCAACAGUAUAAUCUCUUUCGAUUCGAACG